AUGUCGGGCCCUUACACCAGCUCCGUACUGCUGCUCUUCUGUGUGGCUUUCCUCCACAGUCCACUGCUGGAGGCCAAGCCUCUCUCUGCCAUGCAUGGGGGUGGAACUGCACGCCUUCGUCGUGACCUACGUGAUGCACUGCCUUACGAGGCUCAGAUGAUGUCAUACCCUCCUGCUGGCUUCAAUGGGCGGGGCAACGAUCUGUACUACCAGCCAGAGACCUUGAGAGCACAGGGGCUGGGCCACGCCCUUCAUCGCCUGGAGAACGACCAGAGGCAGGAGCAGGAGGCGGCUUACCUGGCAGGUUUACUGCGCCUCCUGAGCGAGGCAGAGAAUAAUGGCCAAGUGAGACCAGAGGAAGACGAAGAGCAGGUGGAAGGUGACUUCCAGGAAUCGUACCCUCCAGACUAUGAUGAGACGGAGCAGACAGUGAACAUGGUGAAACCCCAGGCACUGCUGGACCCACAACUCACUGAGGCUCUGCUCAAUCGCUACAGGCAGGAGAGGAUGCUUCAGGCAGGGCAGGACCGAGACCAGGAGGUGCUCCGGUACCUGGUGGAGAAGGUCCUCUCGAGUCUGGUAUCUGAGAACCAGAUGAACCCAUCCAACCACCGUGGCAAAUGGGAAGUGGCAGCAGCAGCCAGCAUUGGACGUGACAGAGCUACGCCAUUGAGACGAGCUAGACGAUCUCUAGACUCUGCCCCUGUCGCCUCCCCUGAUGCCGAGUCCUCGCUCCUGCGCGUGAAGAGAGUGGGCGAUGAAGACCAAGAUGAUUUUGCUGGUCAGAACACCCGGUCACCCCAUGCUGGCCUGCAGAGGAUGAAGCGCAUCGACACAGAUCUGCCUGCACCUGCAAAGCAGAGCCGCAAACGUCGCUCGGUGACCUACGACCCCGAGCUCAUUGCUCAGCACAUCAUCAAGUACCUGAGAAAGUGAGAGAGAGAGAGAGAGAGAGAGAGAAAGAAAGAGGAAGACAGAAAGAUUGCAACAGUUGACAUGCUGACAGAUAUAUGCGAGGACUCAC